GCCACGAGUCGUCAGUCGAAAAACUGUCGAGCAAAGGCGAGGAGUUCCGAUUUGAAUUUGUGAACUCUGUGUCGAAUAAAGUGUAUGCGCGUGUGUUGAUAUUGUUUUUAUGGCCCCGCAUAGUUGCUUCAGCGAAAUCCAGAUGCUGCACGACGCAAACUUGAAGAUGUUGAGGACUUCAAGAGUUAACAGACCAACAGUCAGAUGCAGACAUUGUAAAACCAGGUUGACUUGUAAUCUGCUAGCUGUAAGAGAUCAUCUGAUGGGAUGUACGAAUGCUGCAAGGAUGCCGAAUUUGUCUACAGCUAGGAGUUCCGACCUAGCCAGCGCUAUCGUUGACAACAGCGAGCGAGCAGCGCUGCCAGCAGAGCUGCCGGCCAAGAUGAAGGUGCAAGGGCCGGCGCAGGAAUUACUGAAGCCGCUGCAGCUGCCGCAGAGAACGCUGACGGGGCCGGGACCGAGCAAUUGUUCGCCGCGGGUGCUCCGGGCGCUCCAACAGCAAGUCCUGGGUCACAUGCAUCCCGAGAUCUUUCAGCUGAUGGACGAGAUAAAGGCCGGGCUGCGCUACGCCUUCCAAACCAGCAACAGGCUCACCUUGGCCGUGAGCGCGUCCGGGCACGCGGGCAUGGAGGCGGCGAUCGGCAACGUGCUCGAGCGCGGCCAGACGAUCCUCGUGGCCAAGGCCGGGCUGUGGGGCGAGCGCGCCGCCGACGUGGCCGCGCGCCUCGGCCUACGAGUGGGCUUUCUGGAGAUCGAGCCGGGAGUCGCCUUCGGGCUGUCGGAGCUGGAGGCAGCCGUAAAGAAGCAUCAGCCGGCAGCCGUGUUCGUGGCUCACUCCGAGUCGUCGACCGGCUUGAAACAACCCCUCGAAGGGAUCGCCGACGUCGUUCACAAAUACGGAGGAUUGCUGAUCGUCGACACAGUGGCAUCGCUGGGCGCCGAGCCGUUUUUCGCCGACGCCUGGGGCGUCGACGUCGUCUACUCGGGCAGCCAGAAGGUGCUCGGCGCACCAGCCGGCAUCACUCCCAUCAGCUUCAGCCCCAAGGCCGAGCACAAAAUACUGAACCGCAAGAGUCCGAUUCCGGUGUUCUACUGGGACAUGACGUGGCUCGGCAGAUAUUGGAAUUGCUUCGAGAAUCAGGGUCCACGACCCUAUCACCACACGAUCAGCGCGACUUUGGUUUACGGACUUCGCGAGGCACUUGCUCAGCUGGCUGAGGAGGGUCUUGUCAAUUGCUGGGCGCGUCACGCCUCCGUCACUGACAAAUUCCACGAUGGUCUCAUUAAGCGCGGCUACCGAUUCUUCGUCAAGGAUCCCGACCAUCGACUCAAAACUGUCAGCGCCAUUGUCCUUCCCGAGGAUGUUGAAGCGCCACUUGUUAUUCGUUACGCUAUGCAAAAAUAUAACGUGGAAAUCAGCGGAGGGCUGGGACCCACGGUCGGAAAAGUCAUUCGUAUCGGUUUGAUGGGAGUCAACGCCACGCCAGGACACGUGGACUUGGUGUUGCGCGCGCUCGACGAAGCGAUCAAACACGCAAAACAACACUUACGUUCGCACAUUUAA